UUGAACGUCAGCGAGGAAGCAUGUUAGCGGCCAUUUUGUUUGCAUUUUGUGGCUUGGCAGUCGCCGCUCCUCAGGGGGAGCGGAUAGAAAAUGUGCCGAUUCUUGCGGACACCAGAAAUGGUCCCGACGGGGACGGAAAUUUCGACUUCAAAUACGAGACGGGGGACGGCAUCUUCCACGAGGCGCGGGGACGCAACGACGGGGACGGCAUCGUCAGAGUUCAGGGACGAUACUCGUUCACGUCUCCUGAAGGCGAGGUCGUCGAGAUUUCCUACACUGCGGACGAGCGCGGCUUCCUGGCGUCCGGCGACGCGCUGCCCACGCCGCCCCCCGCACCGCCGCACGCGCUCGCUCAGAUCCGCGCCGCGGAGGCGGCCUUCGCAAAGCAAAAGCAGCCAGCUUUUGCCUAUGGGCUUCCGGCCAUCCGGCCAUCUUUUGCCAACCGGCUUCCGGCAGGGGUGUCGCGGGCUGCGCCGGUAGCCCGCUCAUCUGAAAGACGUCCAGGCUGAACAAUAAUUAAAAAAAUUAAGGCCGCUGAUGCUUUGUGCUUGAACUAAACUUUUAAAAUAUAAAUCAAAUUUUACGUGCUAAUAAUUUUAACAGGAACAUUUGUUAUUCUUAAUACCCUGAAUAUUACGAGAGAUCUUAUCAGAACGACUACGUAGUUAAAGUUACGUGCGCCAUCAUUGAAUAGGCAAAAUUGUUCACUCACCCUCAAUAAUUCUGGCUGUAAUCACAUGGUUCAAUAUGUAUACAAAUGGACAAAAUUUUUCAACAGUAGAGUUUAUCGAAAAGUUAAAAAUUGGUGAAAUACCAAUGUCUUGUUUUUUUUUUGAAGGUCGUAAUUGCACAACGAUGUUUACAAGUUUUUAGCUGCGAUUUUAUCUUUUAUGCACUUGGUGAACUAUUGAGAAAGUGACAUAAAAGGCCCAAAAAUGACUCGUUAUCUUUGUAGCGAGAGAUGAAAUAUUUUCUAUUGGAGAUUUAACAUUACGACGAAGUCAGUUGCUUUUACCCAUGAAUGUACGGAAUUAGGCAGGAUUUAGCCAUUUAUUUUUCAGUUAAUUGGUCCUGCUUUUAACUUUUCUUGAAUGAAUAAAAAGAAACAAUUAGAUAUUUCAAAAGGAUAUGAAUGUUUAAAAUAAAUACUAUUGAGAAGUUUAUAAUUUCCCUCCAUGUUUCUGUAUGCCGUGUUUGCAGUUACUGUGUAGUAACUAUCUUUCAAAUUCAUGCUUUUUGAAUUCACGCACUUUCAUACUAUGUUUUUUUAUGUAGCGUAAAUUCUUUUUAUAGUAAACCACGUUCACAGUUGUAGUUUCAUUAUCGAGUGACUUUCAAAUUAAGGGGAAGUUUUGCAUAUAG